AUGCCGAAUCCGCUCGCGUUCGUAGGCGGGGGCGCGGCGCUGACGGCGGCGGCCCGAGCGGCGGACAAGGCGAACGGUGGUGGCGGACCAUUCAGGCGGCUGGGCGAGGGCCGCGGCGCGGCGUUGCGGGAGGCUUGGCCGGUGGAGGCGCUGCACACCGUGCCCGCAGCAAGGCGGGCGGCGACGGGCGACGCGGACGAGCUGUUCGCGUACGCCCGUCCGCCCAAGAGCAAGGCGAAGCGCGAGGCGGGCGAGCGGUGCGCCUUGCAGCACCAGGAGUGGGCUGACGCGCCCAAAGAGAAGAGGCAGAGGGCGGCGGAGGAGCGGGCGGCGGUGCAGGCGGCGCUGCUGGCGCCGCUCGCGGCGGCGGACACCACGGCGUCGCGGAUGCGGAGGCCGAGCGCCAUCGUGGCGGCGGUGCUGCAUCAACCCAUUGCGGCGCCGGCGGAGCGGGAGGCUUCAAUGCUCGCGCCGCUCGGCCACAACCUGAGGAUGCAAUGCGGCGAGGUGCUGAAGCGGUGGCGCGAGUUCAAGGGGGAGAUGAACCGGUCUGACGAAGACGGCGGCGAUGCGGCGAUGCGCGCCAGCUGGGCGAACGGGGUGCAGGACGGGUACCCGUGCCAGCAGCUCACCGUCAUGUUUCUGCAGUAUCUGCUGACGAGCCGCAUCCGACAGUCGCUCGCGUCGUGGCGGCUGCAGCGUGAGCUGAUCGGGCGGGGGGCGAACACGGAGGCGAGAGCGUACUGGCGACCCAUUCGCGACCAGUUCUCGAGCCUCGUGGGAGGAGGGAGAGGGAGCGGCGGGGUCGAGCAGCUCGCCAGCGUGGCGCAGACGGCGGCCAGCGCGGUGCAGGUGGUGGCGGGAGCGAACGCGACCACUGCGGCGGCGGCUGGCGACGCGGCGAGCCAGGCCGUGCAGCUCGCAAUGAGGGCGGCGACGGCGUCGAUCUCGACGCGGGAGCAUCUCAGCCAGACUGGGGAGUACCAGCUGCAGGACGCGAUGCUGUGCGAGGCGAUCGAGGUGAACGAGGCGUUCGUGCUCAACGCGUACAUCUGCUUCGCGCGGCUGACGGGUGCCCGCCCGGGGAUGGCGGUCAACGUGGAGAACGACUCGGUGGAUCCGAACAGCGCGUGGGCCAACUGCGCGCCGCUUAUCUGGCAGGAUCUGCUCGUUGGCACGCUCGAUGACGACGGGGGGCUGCAGCUGCCGAACGGAGGCGGCGCGGCGCGGUUUUACUUUGAGAUCUUCUUUCAGCGGGCGAAGGGGCAGUACUUUUCGAACCUGCAGUUCGGGACGUGCGUGACGCCGGACUCGGAUGAGAUGGUGCGGCUCGGCACCGUGGCGCUGUGCCGGCUGCUGCUGCGAACGGCGGCGCCAAAGGCGGUGUACGCGAAGCUCUCGCGCGAGGAGGUGGUGGCGCUGCGGCGCAAGGUGGACGACCCGGCGGGGUUCGCUGGGCUGGAGCUGGCAGACACCAAGUACGAGUCGUGGGCCGAUCUGGUGGCGGCGUGCUGCGACUCGCGGUGGGUGCUCGACGAUGCGGCUGAGGAUCGCGUGAUGUUCCCGAUGAUCGACAAGGUGACCGGCAACUUCUUGCUCGGGUCUCGCAUGACGUACGGCGGAGAGGCGCUGGGAAAGCGGCUCAACGAGAUCGGCGUGAGCUUGGGGUUCCAGAAGGGCGUGAUCGGCGCGUGGUCCCUGCGCAAGGACGCGUGCGAGGUGCAGGCGACGUGUGGCAGUGCGGACGCUACCUUUUUGGCGGCUCGCGUGCUGGGGCACAGGAAGGUGAACAGUCGCACGAUGGACCGGGUGUACCGGGCGGACCUGCGGCUGCGCGAUCUGGGGCAGCAUUGGCGCGGUGCGGAGAAGCCGGCGGAGCUGCUGUGCGCGCUCUCGUCGCCGAGCGCGGAGCGCGUGCCAGCGGCGGGCGCUGCGGCGGCGAUGCACUUCUCCGAGCUGCCGGCGGACGCGCCGGAGCGUGAGGCGGUGGAGGCGCGGGCGGCGGUGAUCCACGCGCGGCGCGAGGAGGCUGCUGCGGAGCAGAAGGCGCUGGAGGCGGUGCGCGCGACGGCGCCGCCGCUGGAGGCGGAGGCGGACGGGGCGGACGGGGCGGAUGGGGAUCACGAGGAGGGCGACUCCGCGGAGAAGCUAGCAAAGAGGGCGGUGAGGGCGGCCAACGAGCGGCUGAAGAACGCGAGGGUUCGUGCCGCACGGGCGCUGGGGCGUGUGCGGCGGGGGGAGGGUCGACCGAGGCUGUCGGACGCCGUGCUCGCGUUGGUGGCUGGCGAUCCAGACGUGGUCAGGGAGGUGGCCGCGGUGCAGGAGGCGAAGCGCCGCCGCGAGCAGGUCAAGUUGCAGAAGGCGACGUCGCUCGGCGUUGGGCGGUCGACAGUGCGGCAGGCAGCUCGCGCCGUAGAGGGCGGCGAGGAGGCGAUGCAGGCGCUAGCGGCUGCGGUGGCCACACGGCAGAGCGCGGUGACGUACGGGCAGCACGUCGCGGUGGGCGACUACUCGUCGCGAGUGUGGCUCGAGGGGCAGGACGCGCUUCGGACGGUCCCGGGGCUGCGGGAGGAGCGGUGCGCCACGCACAGGUGGCCGGUGAUGACCGAGGAAGAGGCGAUCACCUUUGGCCUCGACCGGCGCGACCGCACCCGCGCGUGGCGUGUGCUGAAGCUGCUGCCGCGCCAGCUGCAGUGGGCGGUGGUGGAGGCGGGCCUGCUGGACACCAUCCCGGAGAGCGUCACGGGCGGCACGGGCCAGAUGGGUCGCGCGUACUACGCGGUGAGUCGCGCGGUGGGGGGCGCGCUGUGCAUGGUGUGCACGAGUUGCGGCAAGGGGGGAGGCGAGCUGCCGGCGACGUGCAAGGAGCUUGAGUCGGCGACGUGUGCCACCUGCGGCUGCGAGCAGGCGUGGGCCGCGAGCGACGUGCUCUCUCCGUCUGCGUGCGAGCUGAUUCUCUCCGCAGUGCGCUCGGCGCCUGCCGACGUGGACCACCGCCACCUGCCGCUCGAGACGCUCGACGGCGGAGCGCACCUCCCGACGGCGCAGCGGGUAGUCGAGCGGCUACGUGCCGUCAGCGCGUAUCACGCCGAGCUCCGGCUGCAGCGCGCUUUCUGCGUCCGGUACAGCGGCGAGGGCGACGGUCACGCCGCGCACCGCGACCCGUGCGCCUUCACAGUCAACGUCGCGCUCACGCCCGCGGCUGACUUUGCGGGCGGCGACCUCGCGUUCCACCCGUCCGAGCGGGCCGACGCGAGCCACUCCGUCGGGCACGAGCUCGGCGGCGCGAUUCUGCACGCUGGCGCCGCCCGCCACAGCGCUGUGCCUCUGAGCUGCGGUGAGCGGUGCAACCUCAUCCUCUGGCUCGACCGCGCUCCCACCGCCUCUAUCUGGUCCGCGAUGCCUCCGGCGCUGCAGGCGCGCUGCCUGCGGCUUCUCGACCUCAGCUCGCUCUCUCGCUUCGCGGCCGCGUCACGCAGCUGCGCCGAAGACGCGGCCGCUGCUCCGCAGUGGGCGUCACUCCGCCGCGCUCUCGAGCCGCCGCGCACGUUGCUGGCGCGAGUCUGGGGCUGCGCCGAGUGCACCGACGCCCUCGGAGGUGUCUCGGAGGAGGAGGCUCGGAGGCGCCUCGCGGCGGAGCCGGAGGAGGCCCGGCACGUCCCCACACCGCUGCCCCUGUCCCUCGCCGCCCUCGCCGCGCUCCAUGCCCUGGCCGCCGCCGUCGACGCGCUUCAGCGGCCACAGCGGGCGGCGCCAGAAGACCUGGACUUGGCCGAGGCGCGCCGCGUCGCUGCUCGCUCGCGCGUCGCGUCGCGGGUUGCUGCGGCGGUCGCGGCGGCAGAAGCGGCGGAGCGCGGGAGCGGAGCGCGGGAGGCAGCAGCACAGGAGAGAGGGACGAUCGUGUUUGACGUGGGGAGGGUGAGAGUCCUGUGA